CGUCAAACACCCUUACUACUAUAUGUCAAUUCGGAAAUCUUGUAUUCGUGGCAGCUCCUAAGCUGCAGGCCCUUUUACGAUGUUCGCUUCACAGCAUUGCUGUGACUCUAAGGUCCCUUGCCUAUAACUUUUCAGCGCGACCUUAGUAAGGUGGUCUCUUAAGUAUAAUAGAAACGCGGACUAGCGAAGCUGACCAUGAAGCGCGACAAGGACAAGGACCGGCAAAAAGACCGGCACGCGUUGCUUGCUGCCGCGGCAUUGCAGGACCACCUAGCAAGGCGGCUGCGCAUGCCAGGGGGACCCGUAGUCCAGCCCUCCCUGCAACCGGGCGCACCCCUGACUCUCGCUCAGCACUUGGGGCUGAUCCCGCGGCCGCCACCGCUGCUAACUGAGGAGGAAUGGACGGAGGUGCACCUGAAGAGCAGGCUACGUCAGGACUCGGCGCACGAGUGUGUCAUCUGCCGGGAGGAGUUCCAGGCCGGCGCCCAGGUGCUGCUGUCCUGCAGCCACACCUUCCACCGCCACUGCCUGGCCGCCUUCGAGCGCUACAGCCGCUGCAAGACCUGCCCGCUGUGCCGCGCGCAGCAAUACCAGAAGCGCGUCAUUCGGGACGGAGAGGAGCUCUAUCGCCAUAGAUGUGCCACGCGCAUCCAGGCCGCCUGGCGGGGUCACGCGGCGCGGCGGCGCUACCGGCAGCUGCGGCGCCACCGGCCGCCCCGUGACGAGCAGCUGCGGAAGAAGUGGGCGGCGGAGCGGCUGCAGGAGGACACGGACCGGCUGCUGAGCGCCAUGGAGGAGGAGGUGGGCGACCUGGACGACUUGUUCGCUGAGCUGGAUGCGUCUGUGGCGGCGUCGCGGCAGCUGUGCGACCAGGCGCUGCUGCGGCCGCUGGCAGCGCGGCUGCAGCAGCGGGAGGCGGAGGAGAGGGAGGCGGCGGAGGGGAGAGGGAGGGGGAGAAGGAGAGGCAGCGGUGGAGGAGAGGAAGAGGAGGAGGAAGAGAGGGAGGAGCGAGGCGGCGUGCGGACGCCGCUGCUGGACUCCUCCCUUGCGGCUCCCUCCUUGUCCUCAACACCAUCAGCAUUGGCAGCAACAAGGGUAGCAGCAGCAACAGCAUCAUCGCGCCAACAGCACUCUAGGCAAGUUGGCGACGACGGCGGCAGUGCCAGCAGCGACGACGACGAGGACGAUGAGUCCGGCAAUGCGGGUGGUGGUGGUGGUGGUGGUGGCGGAAGAGGAGCAGGCGCGGGAGGAGGCGGCAGAGGCGACGGCGACAACAGGACGGUUGCGGCGGCGCUGGCGGCGGCGGGGGCAGCAGGACGGCCCGCCACGGCUGCUGACGUGGACUGGGCGGGUGUGGUGGCCAAGGCCAAGUCCCGGGGCAGUCUGGAGUGCCCCAUCUGUCUGGGACACAUCUCACGACGUGGCAAUGAAGGCAUCGCCUGGUUGAGCUGCACCCAUUGCUUCCACGUGGACUGUAUCAUGGCGUUCGAGGCCUUCGAGCUCGCUAGCGGCGGCACGCCCACCUGCCCCGUCUGUCGCAGCGGGUACCGCAGGCGGUGCUUUGCGUGACGUGGCGGCGCGCACUGCAGGCGGCCCCUUGGCUGCGUUGGUUUGGCUGGUUUGUUUUUGUUGCAAUCCGAUCCAUAUGUCAGGCCUUGCAUGAGCACUUUCGUGGGACGUGCAAGCGCGGUUUUAACACUUGCAAGGGGCGUGAGUGUUUUCCUGUGGCAGCCCCGUUUAAUGGUGCAGGUCGGUAGCUUGGAAGCACAGCACCACAUGCCACCGCGUACACAUGCACGUGUGUACAUAAGUUUUAUUGACGCUGUCUGGUUUGGAAACCCGACUUGGAAACCCGGAAAGCCACGGAUGACGGGUGUACAGGAGAUGUGAGUCAGUGCAGCGGCUACCCUUUCGGGGCGCCACACCUGCUGUGAGCAAUGCAUUGAGGAGUCCGGGCGCGCUGUCUUGUUACUGC